AUGAGGGCUGAGAAACAGAAGACAGAGAUGGUCGUGUAUAUUAUAACCAGUUUACUGACGAUUGCGGGGACAGCCUUGUGUCUGGUGGGUCUGCUGCUGCCCUACUGGUACACGAGCAUCAUCCUGGAGGGUAUUGUAGAUGUCGGGACGGCAAACCUCGGCCUGUGGCAGGAUCAGUAUUGUGCCAAAAACUCCUCCUGCCAGUCAACAUGGAUGUCCGCUGGAAGCCAUGCUCGCCCAGAAUAUAUGGAGUUUCCCUCGUGGAUGGUGAUUCAAGGAAUUGAGACGGCAGGAGCUGUUGCCGCAGUACUCAGUGUUGUCUCCCUUGCACCGUUCUGGGCUGUUUUCCGGAGCAACAAUAGUUUUGUCCGAAACACCAUCUACGGCAUAUUCUUCGUAACCUCACUAGUGGCAUCUUUUCUCAGCGUCAUAGGUUGUUUGGUUAUUGCCAGUGUGGGAAGUAAUGCACAUAUCAGAAAAGUGGAUUUCGCUCCAUUCUUCUCCGGCAUUGGUGGGACCGUGAUAUUUAUAGCUUUGGGUGUGGCGUGCACCAUCUGUCGUUACGACCCAACAUACGGGACCUUGGAAAACCCAGUUUCUCCUAAAUUCAGCCGAGCUUAG